UUCCAUCCUCUUUAGCUCCAGUGAAGAGGAAUUCACCUGGUAGUUGGACAGAGUCCUUAGCCAAGCGUGGAAAGUAAACCUGCUGCAGACGCACACAGCAUUCUCGCCUUCCUCCCAGGCAACUGAAAGACAAUGAAUUACUACAUGGACACAACUAUUGCAUGUCCGGCUCCCUACACUCUGACCCGUCCUGCAGUGAUGAGGCAGGGAGAUGUCAAUCCCUGUGAAGAUCCUUGGAUGACCUGUGGGUUCCAGUCUACCUACUACCAGCAGAGGGCAAUCUAUCCACUCUGGGAUGAGACAGCCAUUCAGGAAGUGCCCACUGGACUAGAAUAUCAUAAUGCAGAUAUGGAAUGUGCAGAUGUGCCUUUGUUAACUCCAAGCAGCAAAGAAAUGAUGUCACAGGCAUUAAAAGCCACGUUCAGUGGCUUCACGAAAGAACAGCAACGGCUGGGAAUCCCCAAAGAUCCUCAGCAAUGGACAGAGACCCACGUACGGGACUGGGUGAUGUGGGCAGUGAAUGAGUUCAGUCUGAAGGGUGUGGACUUCCAGAAGUUUUGUAUGAAUGGAGCCGCUCUGUGUGCUCUAGGAAAGGACUGCUUCCUUGAACUGGCACCAGACUUUGUAGGAGAUAUUCUUUGGGAACAUCUGGAGAUCCUGCAGAAAGAAGAGAUAAAGCCAUAUCCAGUGAACGGAGUGAGCAAUGCCUAUCCAGAAUCCCGCUAUGCCUCAGACUACUUCAUUAGCUAUGGCAUUGAGCAUGCUCAAUGUGUUCCUCCAUCAGAAUUUUCUGAGCCCAGUUUUAUCACAGAGUCCUACCAGACCCUUCAUCCAAUCAGCUCCGAGGAGCUUCUGUCCCUCAAGUAUGAGAAUGAGUAUCCACCUGUCAUCCUCCGUGACCCAGUGCAGAUGGAAUCCUUGCAAACAGACUACUUCGCAAUCAAGCAGGAAGUUGUAACGCCUGAUAACAUGUGCAUGGGCCGUGCUAGCAGAGGUAAACUUGGAGGCCAGGACUCCUUCGAGAGCAUAGAGAGCUAUGACAGCUGUGACCGGCUGACACAGUCCUGGAGCAGCCAGUCAUCCUUCCAGAGCCUCCAGCGUGUCCCUUCCUAUGACAGCUUUGAUGCUGAGGAUUACCCAGUUGCCUUGCCCAACCACAAACCCAAAGGCACCUUCAAGGACUAUGUUCGGGACCGGGCUGACAUGAACAAGGACAAGCCUGUCAUUCCUGCUGCUGCCCUGGCUGGCUACACAGGUAGUGGACCCAUUCAACUGUGGCAAUUCCUGCUUGAACUUCUCACAGACAAGUCCUGCCAGUCCUUUAUCAGCUGGACAGGUGAUGGCUGGGAAUUCAAGCUGUCCGAUCCUGAUGAGGUGGCAAGGAGAUGGGGCAAGAGGAAAAAUAAGCCAAAAAUGAACUAUGAGAAGCUGAGCCGUGGAUUGCGUUACUACUAUGACAAGAAUAUCAUCCAUAAGACAGCAGGGAAGCGCUAUGUCUACCGUUUUGUAUGUGACCUGCAGAGUUUGCUGGGCUACACACCUGAAGAGCUCCAUGCCAUGUUGGAUGUGAAGCCAGAUGCUGACGAGUGAAUGGAACCAGCAACCCAGAAUGGAAAACGUGGCAGAAGGCCCAGUGCAUCCAUGUAGAAAUUUCAUUGGACUUGGUUACCCUUUCUUUCAUUCCCCCCCCCCCACUGUCAUGGUUUCCCUUUUGAAAAAUGAAACUUAAAUUUGCAUUGGUUGUAAAAGGGUGGAACAUUAAGCUUUUAGAUAAAACUGUGACAUAUGUUGGUUGGGAGGAGAAGAAAAGAAAAGCUUUUGCGUUUGAAUGUUCUUGGAGAAUUUUAGCUUGGGUUGAUAUUUUAAAAGUCAGGGAAAAAGAGCUUAAAAGUUAACCACCCUAUUACAAUUCUUUAAUGACUGUAUUAAGGAUCCCCUCCCCACCCACUGCCACAAACUGACAAUCCACGAGCUUAUCAGGGUGCUUGCAAGGCUCCAUUAUUCUGUUGCUUUUAGUGGAGAAUGGUUUUAGGGAGCAGAACGUCCUGUUUUACAGGGAAAAAGCCAAGAACUGUGGUCCCAGGUCACUUUGCAUCUGAAAAGACAGAUUUAGCAUAAUCGUCAGGUGGGACCAAUUUUUUAAAAAAGAAAAUUUGUAAAACAAAAUGUUAUUUUAUUAAAUUUUGUGCCAGUAUUUUUUAAAAUAGUCUUAAGCUCUAA